AUGCCUCAGAUACCACGGUCGGCUCGGACAGAGGGCUCGUCGACCUUCGACCCGGAUCGCUUCUUCGAGGCCUGGGCGAAGGGCGAGAUCACCGCACCGAGCGACAAUGACUUCAAGAAAUCCAUCCUGACAGCAUUCGGCCUGCCCUCGAGAGACAACUAUGUGUAUAAAGCAGUCGCUGCGGUCUCACUCGAACAAGCCCAGGCUCACGUAGCAGCCGGUGGUAAUAAUGGUCUUCAUGGUUGGUACAAGACGAGCGAAGGCCAACCAAGGCCGCCGCCAUCCUCAGCUGAUAUCGCCGCAUACGUCGACAUCUUCCGCCCGACAACGAAUACCUCGAAGGCAUUGAAAGCGCUGGGUUCCAACGCGAAGAAAGGCACCGUCCGGGAGGAUGUCGCAAAACAUCUGUUAGCUUUAUAUGCGCCACCGGACGACUCGCGCAAGCUUGUCGUGAACAAAUCGAAGACACAUGCGAAUCCCUACUUUGACGUAUGGGCAUGGGCGUGUCAAAAUCUGGAAUGGGCAGGACCGGAGGAAUCGACGGCGGAAGUCAAGAUAAGCCACGCGAUACUGCCUGUGCUGUAUCACCAUUUCGGCUGCGUUGUGCCGUCCUACGAGUCUCUGGCCUUCAUCCAGCAGGUUGUGCGAGGUCGUACUAUCCUCGAUGUUGGGAGCGGCAAUGGAUACUGGUGCUAUGCUCUCCGGAACUUCGACUCGAAUCCGAAGAAGAAGAUGACGGUUACGCCAAUCGAUAAUGGACUCAGUGAGUGGAGAACGUUGUGGGUGGCUGAUACAAUUGAGGUCGACGGUGCGAAGUGGCUACAGCAGAAUAAUGGAGGCCUUGACGAUGUAUUGCUUUUGGUCUAUCCCAUGGUUGGAAACGACUUCACCUCGAAGAUGCUCAAGGCAUAUCGCGGAACAACGAUCAUAUCAGCAGGUGCUCAAAACUCCAGUGGCUUCACGGCAUUCAAGUCAGAGACGAUCGCAGACUGGAUGGGUAGAGAGAUGCCGUCGUGGGAAAAGGUCCUGCAAGUGCCGCUUCCGUCUUUCGCUGGGAAAGACGAGGCGCUCUUCAUCUUCGAGAAGAAGCAAUAG